AUGACAGCCAGAGGCUUGGAGGAUCUGGAUGGGGGCCUGGGCAGCUGCCUCCCCAGCGAUGACUUCUUGUUACUGGAGCAGCCAAGCUCAGGCCGACGGUCAGACGGCAAGGCACAAGGGGCAUCCAGGCUGGCCGACUCUAGUCGCUGGACACCCGUGAAUUACAGAAUGAGUCACUACAAUCCGCCUCCUCCCCGGAAAAUGUGGACUGAUAUCCCGCGUGUCUCUGACGCCCUACAGGUCCUCCAGGACCCAGUGACUGCCGGCACUGCGGAGAAAGAGCUCGUGGCCCAGGAGGGUCUGGGAACUGGCAAAGGGAUUCCUAAAGCUGGGACAAGCCCCCGGAGCGUUCUCGCACGCAGAAAGUUGCAGGCUGCGCCUCCCCUGAAGCCCCCACCGCCACCGCCCAGGGACGACCUGCCUUGGGGAGACCUGACGCUCAACAAGUGCCUGGUGCUGGCCUCACUGGUGGCACUGCUGGGCUCGGCUGUCCAGCUCUGUCAGGACGCGGUGGCUGGGGACAUGGCGGUGGAAGUCCCUCAGCAGUGGGUCCCGCCCAGUCCUCCACCCAAGAAACCAGAGGCUCUCGCGCCUAAGCCCCCGCUCUUGGUGCCCCCAUCCGGGCCUCCUGAGCCCCCCGGACCCCAGGUACAGAAGCAGGGAAAGCCUGAGGCUGCAGAAGCAGAAACCCAGGGGGAGCCUGGCGGGUCCACCACAGAGGUCUCUGGAGAGGAGUGCGCACCCCUUGGUGGCCGAGGGUCCCAGGAGAGGCCGAGGGAGAAGUCAAAGAAAGGAGAGAAGCUGAAGAAGGAGAAGCUGAGGAGGGAGAAGCCCAGGAAGGAGGAGAGGCCGUGGGUCACCAGGGAGCCCCGCCAAUCCCUGUCCCGGCGCUGGGAGGUGAACGAAGGAGGCCAUCGGCCAUGGACGCGGUCCUCCAGGGAACUCGAGCAUGAGAAGCGGCAGGCCUGGGCUCCCCGGCGACGCCACGACCGUGACGACCGACCCAGACAGAAGCCCCGUGGGGGAAAGGGGCGCGAUUGAUCCUGCCCCUGUCCUCCUUGGUGAACCCCGUAUCCCUUCUCCCUGCAGCACCAGUAAAUAAAGCUCGUGCUGCGACAGCCACGUUUUCUGCUUCUUUGUGCCUGGACCCCAAGGGUCGACGAGAUGGCGAAGUGGGUAAAGGUGCUUGCCGCUGAGCCUUU